CAAACAUUUUCUUAACGCGGCGACAUAGGGGUCUUAUAAUACGCGCGCCAUCAAUACUACGCCGGAGCGCCAACAGAGAGUGAGACCCAGGAAAAGGGCUCAGAACGAGCGUUUGAAUUGAAGUCUGCGUGCGGUCUGCUGCACAACGGCCUUCGCCAUGGCCGGCAAAGGCGUCAGAUGCCUCAGCGAGGCCAUGAGAACCAUGAGGAUAUCUUUAUCACUAUCGCCAGCCAGACAAUCACUUAACUGGACAAAACCUCUGGCAUCAUCACUGUCGAGCCGGACAAUGGCUACCACUUCCGACCCGACCCCGUUCAAGACCAAGCUGCUCAACGGCAUUACCGGACAAAGCUCAGCAGCGUCAGCGCAACCGAUAUGGACACCCCCCUCGGAAAUUCCAGUCACAAUCUACGACUUCCCGAGCCUCGAGCCCCUUACCCUGGAGGCCUGGCCUACCAAGCACCUUGAUCUCCCUUUUCGCCGCGACCUCCUUCAUCUUGCCGUUACGUACGAGGGUGAUGGAACUAGGCAGGGUACGGCAUCCUCCAAAACGAAGUGGGACGUCCACGGCUCCCAUCGCAAAAUGGCUCCCCAGAAGGGUAUGGGUGCCGCCCGUGUGGGUUGGAAGCAGUCUCCCCUGCGCCGCGGAGGAGGCAAGUCUCACGGCCCGCACCCGCGUGACUUUUCCACGCGAAUGAACCACAAGGUCUACGAUCUGGCCUGGCGCACUGCGCUCUCGUAUCGUUACCGGCGCGGUGAGCUGUUUGUGGUCCGCGACGGAAGUCUCGACAUGCCGCUGCCCGCUGAUUUCCUGACCCUUGCCGCCGAGGGCAGGCUCGGCCGCGAGCUCGAGGACGGCUUCGUCGACCGCAUGGUUCGCGAGACCCUCAACCCUCUAGGAUGGGGCAAGGAAGGUGGCCGCUCUACGUUUGUGGUGGGCUGCGACAAGGCAGGUCGGCCCAACCUGUUUUCCAGUCUUGAGAUUGCCCAGAAGGAGGCGCGUGCCCUUGAGGUCGACGAUGUUGAUGUCAAGGACAUUCUGGAGACGGGCCGGAUCGUGAUUGAGCGACGCGCUCUGAAGAGGCUCAUCAAGGAACAUCAGAGUGAUCUCGUGAGCCGCAUCGUCAUCAACGGCUCCAGGGUCACGGGACCGCUGGCCGGGUCUACCAGAACCUUGGUAGAGUGAAGCGUGGCGUUGUGGUAGCAAUCGGUUGAGAGGGAAGGAAUAAGAAAUCCUCUCACUGGCAACCAAAAACAAACAUGUUGUUUGACGCAUGUAAGAUGUAUGUAUCUGCUUUGUAUGUACAAAUAGUCGGUAGAGUGUGGAAGAAUAUUGUCGGCAGUCCAAGAUUUUGCUGUAUAAAUAUUUGCUGCCUUG